ACAUCAGUAUCGAUCUGACGAGCUCAUCCGACAGACACCGUCUUCUCAUAUAUUAUAUACCAAUAUAAUAUCAACCGUCGUCGUACACAACAAAGUUUCUCAGUUCCAACUGCAAACAUCAUGUCUGGCUCUAAAGUGGUAAUGUGUCUCGCUGGAAUAACUGCCCUGUUGAUGAUCGCGGGCUGCGCUUCGCAGACGGUGCAGCCUGCACCGGUGCAGAUCGUUUCGCCAUCGCCUCCGUCGCCUUAUUUCAACGGCUUCAGACCGAACGGAGCGUACCCGCAACAGUACAUCGGCGGACCACAGCAACAGUUCAACGGCGUGCUGCCGCCACAGUUCAUCGGCGGACCCAACUUCGCUCAGCGUUUCUACAACAACGGGCAAAACCCCGCGUACAACGGACAGUUCGUGCCGAUCUUACAGCAGUCGUUUGACCUCUCCCCGGAGGGCAGUUACACUUUCGGUUACCAGUCCGCCGACGGAACUCAGAGACAGGAAUCGGGAGGUCUGAGAUAUCCCGCCGUACAAGGAUACCCACCAGUGAUGGCAGUCCAAGGAUCGUACUCCGCCAUAACUCCAGAAGGAAUUCCAAUUGAAGUUUCGUAUGUAGCUGAUGAAAAUGGAUAUCAGCCAACCGGACCUGGAGUCCACCCGGCCAUUCAACGAGCAGUAGCCCAACAAGUGGCCCAAGCUAAACUAGAACCACCACAAUUCAACAAAUAAUAAUGCCUAUAAUGACUUACGUGUAAUAAUAUGAUUCCAAUCUCGAAAUUUGUAAAAAAUGAAUUAUAAGCCAAUAAAGCGAUAUGUACAUUGAAAAAAAAAA